GAUACCUUAAACGAUUAUAAUUAGAAUUAUGAAUGAAUGAAUACAAAUGAAUAAAUAUAUUAUCGUUCUAUUAAUUACAAUUUUAAUCCAUGCAACAAUAAAUGGUAGUCAGUUAAUAAAUAAACAAUAUAGAAUAGAAACUAUACAAAAUAUAUCAAGUGCAGAUUAUACAUUAAUACACCUUCGAAAUAAUCAAUCUACAAUAAAAUGUUCCUUUUGUAAAAUGAUAGUUAAUGCAAUUAGAAAAAUGAUGACAAAACUUUCAACAUUUCAAAUGAUUCAUUUAAUUAUUCAUGAAAUGUGCUCUAUAGUUGAAGAUCAUACAGUAGAGUGUUAUGAUGUGGCUUCACAAAUAGUUGAUUCUUACGUUAUCAUAUUCAAUAGAACUGAAGCAUUGGAUACUUGUAUGCAAGUCAAUUUCUGUAGGUGAUAUGCGCGGCGGAUGCAUUGAGAACGUUUUACACAAAUUGAAAACAUUUGAUUUUAUAAAGUCUUUUAAAAAAACAUUAGUGGAUAAAUAUUUAUCACCAUAUUCAAUAAGUGUCUAUUGUCAAUUUAUUUCUAAUGAUUAUGAAGCGUUUUUGUUUAUAUGAUUUUUAAACUUCAGUUAUUAUUAUUAUAACUCACCAUCUACUGUGGUGUGUGCUACCAACAGAUAUAAGUAGUAUGUAUCACUCAUCGAAAGUGAAAUACCUGGCAGUAGAAUGUUAAGAUGAUCGAAGAGAAGAGAAUGAAAACAGAGAGUGACUAAAGUGGAAACAAAGUUCAGUCUGUUUGUUUUAUGGUAUAUAUCAAGAACUGAUAUUAGUUAGUCAACCUAUGGAGAGUAGGAACCCUUUAAAUUCUGUUUCGUUCUCAUCAGUGGACAUCCACUAGCUUAACAUGGAUCAAACCUACAAAAUUUAGGCAUAGCAGAAAGUGGCUAACCG